CCCUCCAUCCCUACCUACCUGCAGAGCACUCCAGGAUUCCCCUGAGCUCAGAGACCCCCCAAUGAUGCCUGGAGAAGCAGAGGCCGAGACCCCAAUCUGUGGGCCAGAGGAAAAGACUUCAGAUCCUGCCAACGUGUCCAUCCCAGAACCCAGUGGAACAGAAGCAAUUCCAGAACCCGAAGGGGGAGAGGCGGCUCCUCCAGCACCCCAGGAACCAGCCUCUGAGGAGCCUAGCCCAGCACCGCCCGCAGCCCCACAGCCCCUGCCCCCGAGUGAAGAUCUCCCCAGCUGCCCAUUGCUGCUGGCCGUGGAGGAUGUGACUGACAGCUCGGUGGCGCUGAGCUGGGAACCCCCAGAAAACCUGGGACGGUUGGGGAUACAGGGUUACGUGCUGGAAUAUUGUCAACAGGGAGCUUCAGAGUGGGUGCCUGUGAAUGCACGGCCCAUGAUGGUCACCCAGCAUACACUUCGAAACCUGACUACGGGAAGCAAACUCUUCUUUCGGGUAUCUGCCGUGAGCUCUGCGGGAACUGGCCCGGCCACUGUCUUGGACCAGCCUGUCCAUAUCAAGGAGAUCAUUGAGGCCCCCAAGAUCCGAGUCCCCCGCUACCUGCGCCAGACCUAUAUCCGCCAAGUUGGGGAGGCCAUCAACCUCCAGAUUCCUUUCCAAAGUACAACUAAGCCUCAGGUCACCUGGACCCAUAACGGUCAUGCCCUAGACACCAAACGUGUGAGUGUGCGCAAUGGGGAACAGGAUUCCAUCCUCUUCAUCCGCUCAGCCCAGAGGGUUGAUUCAGGACGCUACGAGCUCAGCAUUCAACUGGAAGGCCUAGAGGCCAAGGCUACCAUUGACAUCUUGGUGAUCGAGAGACCCGGGCCCCCCAAAAGCAUCAAACUGUUGGAUGUGUGGGGCUUCAAUGCUGCUCUGGAGUGGACACCCCCUGAGGACACUGGCAACACAGAGUUACUGGGCUACACAGUGCAGAAGGCAGAUCGGAAGACAGGGCAAUGGUUCACAGUCUUGGAGCACUGCCACCGGACAAACUGUACGGUGUCUGACCUCAUCAUUGGGAAUUCCUACUCCUUCCGGGUCUUCUCAGAAAACCAGUGUGGCCUGAGUGCCACAGCUCCUGUCACAGCUGAGCUGGCCCACAUCCAGAAGGCAGAUACUGUUAGCAAGCGAGAUGGCAUCCGUGAGAGAGACUUCUCAGAAGCCCCCAAGUUUACCCACCCUCUAGCAGACCACACGACCACCCCCGGUUACAGUACCCAGCUGUUCUGCUCUGUUCGAGCAACCCCCAAGCCCAAGAUCAUCUGGAUGAAAAACAAGAUGGACAUACAAGGUAACCCCAAAUACCGGGCCCUCAGUGAGCAAGGCGUCUGCUCCUUGGAGAUUCGGAAGCCCAGCCUUUUCGACGCAGGAGUUUAUACUUGCAAGGCCAUCAACGCCCUGGGUGAGGCCUCUGUGGACUGUCGGCUGGACGUGAAAGCUUCUGCCACACACUGAAGAGUGCCAGAAGUUUCAGACUGAAAAGGAGGAGCUCUGUAUCUCAAGGGGUGAAGAGGCCUUAUCUCUCCUAGAUGCUACUGGAGCUUCCACCAGGACCAGUUGUGAUCCUCAAGCUGGAAGACCCCUACCUGGGCACCCAGUAGCGGGCAGCUCAGCUCCUUCCUCCCCUCAAAACUGGAGCCAGGAGAACUGGUCUCAUUGGACCACCAGGGAGGGAGCUACCCAGAGCUUCGAAGACCAGCAUGGGGGGAAUUGCAAAGGGUGGGGUCCUUGAAUAAAGAAGUGUGUAUGUUGUUAUUCAAGAAGGAUGACUUGGAAAGG